CGUCUCUGAGGGAAGAGGAGGAGGAGGAAGGGCGGACGCGGAGCGCCUUCUUCCUCUCUCAAGCAGCCGCCUCCACCCUUCCCGCCGCGGGCAGCCUUUUCUCGAAGGAGUUCCCGUUUUCGCAGUUCACCUCCUCCUUGUUUUGUAUCUUCACAACAACCCUCUGAGGAAGUGGUUUGAAGUAUAUAAUGUGUGGCAUUUACUGACAUCAUGACAGCUGUUAGACAGAGAAAGGGAACAAAAGCCACAGAAAUUCCAGAAGACUGUCAAACACAUGAGAAGAAUUGGAAACCUAAUGGGAAAAUUAUCACUGGCGAAAAACUGUGGAAAAAACUUUCACUCAUCGUUGGUGGAAUUGUUGGUAUUUCCCUGGGAAUCCUUACUUCUGUCCAUGUGGCUACACUACAUGAAAAUGAUCUAUGGUUUUCCAACAUUAAGGAAGUGGAGCAGGAAAUUUCAUUCAGGACAGAAUGUGGUCUCUAUUAUUCGUAUUACAAACAGAUGCUGCAGGCUCCUUCCAUUUCAUUAGGUUUACAUAGUUUGAUUUAUGAUAAUAAAACUGAAUCUAUGAGAACGAUUAAUAUACUUGGAAGAAUGAAUGUUUACCAAGAAGUAUUUCUUAGCAUUCUGUAUACAGUUUUUCAUAUGAAGAGAUUUUUAGAACCUGUUUAUUUUUAUAUCUACACGUUGUUUAGCCUUCAGGCAGUCUAUGUCAUUGCUCUGUAUGUAACCAGCUGGCUUCUCAGUGGAACGUGGGUUUCAGGUGUAUUAGCAACCUUCUGGUAUAUCAUAAACAGGGUAGACACGACCCGAGUGGAAUUCACCAUUCCACUGAGAGAGAACUGGGCGCUGCCAUUCUUUGCUGUUCAGAUAGCAGCAAUCACCUUCUACGUCAGACCUCGCUUGCGGCCUGUUCAUGAACGGCUGGCACUUAUGGCAAUAUUUAUUUCAACCUUCCUCUUCAGUUUGGCUUGGCAGUUUAAUCAGUUUAUGCUCUUGAUCCAGGCUUUGGUUUUUUUCACACUCGACUGCCUUGACUUGCUUCCUAGGGGAAAGGUGACCUGGAUUUACAUAAUUCAAGUAUCUAGUUUGCUGCUUGUAUGCCUCCUACAGUUUUUCAAUACCAUGAUAAUAGGAUCGUUGCUUGUAAGCUUUAAUAUGUCCACAUUGUUGGCAAGAAAACUUCAGAAAAACCUGAAAACUGGAGGCUUGUUCAGCAGGCUUGGGAAGCUUUUCUUUCACUUACUCUUAGUCUUAUGUUUGACGUUCCUUAUAAAUAAUUUUAUUAAGAAAGUUCUUAAUCUGGAGUCAGAUGAACACAUUUUUAAAUUUCUGAAAGCGAAGUUUGGAUUUGGAGCAACAAGAGAUUUUGAUGCCAACUUGUACCUGUGUGAAGAAGCUUUUGGUUUCUUGCCUCUUAAUACUUUCACAAGACUUUCAGAUUCAUUAGUUUUGUAUGCCUAUAUAUUUGUGCUUUUUGUAAUGGCCAUAACGGGUGCUAUCGUUGCUUUUCAAAAUCUCAGUGGUUCUGCAAGCAUCAGAUCUACAGAAAAGCAACAGAAGUGCACAACACAACAGAAACCUGGUACUGCCUACCAUUUAGUGCACACCGUUCUGUUUGGAUUGCUGGCUUUGAGCACAAUGAGGAUGAAAUACCUUUGGACAUCCCAUGUAUGCGUUUUUGCAGCUUUUGGCAUCUGCAGCAGUGACAUGUGGGGACUGAUUUUGAGAUUUGUCCAUCUGUACACACCACAAAGGGUAUCUGUGACUAGAUAUUUAACACCAGCACUCAUAUUACUGUAUCUGUGUUACAAGUUCUGGCCUGGAGUGAUGGCUGAGCUGUCAGAGCUGCGAGAAUUCUAUGACCCAGACACAGUGGAGCUGAUGAACUGGAUUAAGUCGAAUACUCCAAAGAAAGCUGUGAUUGCAGGAAGUAUGCAGCUCUUAGCAGGAGUCAAGCUUUGUACAGGGAGGAUUUUAACAAACCACCCUCACUAUGAAGAUAAGAACCUGAGAGAAAGGACAAAACAGGUUUACCAGGUGUAUGCAAAACGAUCCCCUGAAGAUGUCCACAGGAUCCUCAGAUCAUUUGGCACUGACUUUGUGAUCCUGGAGGACAGUAUUUGUUAUGAAAGGAGACAUAACAGAGGCUGCAGAUUGCGUGAUCUCCUUGAUGUAGCAAAUGGACACACUAUGGAUGGUCCUGGAGGAAAUGAUCCUGAUCUGAAACCAUCACCGUAUCCUCGCUUCUGUGAGGAAAUCAAAAGAAACCUACCUUCAUAUACAACAUAUUUUACUAAAGUAUUUCAGAACAAAACAUUUCAUGUUUACAAGCUUGCUAGACAUAAAAAGAACACAUAGCUUUAUCGUAAUCAUAGUAGGAAAUUCUGAAAGUUUACACAAAUGAUUCUUUUUCUUAAAAAAAGUGUACACUGGUUUCAAAUGUUUACUUCCUAAUUACUGUGAAAAUUCAUAAGGGAUUUGUUUUGAUAACACUUUUAUGUGUCCAGAAAAGCGGUGGGGGUUACGUAAAUCCAGUUCAAAAAAUACUCUCUGGUGGGUUGAAAGGUUCUCACAAACUGUACUGCAUCUACGGUGUUAUGCAUGAUUCUUUUCUUUUUUAAGGACAGUGAACACCGCUCAUCACAAAACAUUCAGUGUGUAGUGGGAGGGAGAAGUUGCAUGAGCCUGAAACUUAGUCCCAUCCAAAACAUAUGCAUAGCCUGUGUGUUAAGGAUGCAUAUGGAACAACCAUUAUCUCUUUCCAUUAACUGCUGAUCUGGAGAAUUCCACCCAGGGUUCUAGCUUGCUAAAGUCCUGUGAUAGUGGGCUGUUUGUUGUUCUUCUUCAUGGCCUCUGUGAAUCACACCCCAGGUGAUCUGC